UUCGUAAUGACAGACAGUUACCACAUAACCUCAAAUAUUGCUAGAAAAUACGAAAAUGGUAAAAAUUCUCUUGCAAAUAAAAGCCACGUUGGAAUUUAUAGAAGAAAUAUAUACUUCUCAUCCCCACUUUAGUUUUUAUUUAAAAAUCAAGUGCCUUAAUUGUGGGGAAUGCUCGGAUAAAUGGCACGACGUCUCGGAAUCCGAAGUAACUCAAUCGCACAAUAAACACCAAGAGAACAACUUCGUGGCGAAAUGCAAAUUAUGUGGAAGGGAAAAUUCGUUAGACAUUGUCAAGGAUAGCAAUGGCAAGUUUUGUAGCAGAACGCCUGAUAAGUUUCAAACAAUUGUUACUUUUGAUUGUCGUGGCAUUGAGCCCAUUGAUUUUGAUCCGAAAGAUGGUUGGAUUGCAAGAAUGGAAAGUGGUAAAUUGUAUACCGACAUCGAUUUGUCUGAAAAAGAGUGGGUGGAAUACGAUACUGACCUAAAGGAAUCUAUUGGCAUUUAUGACUUUCAAUUUCAGUUUGUUAAAGCGAAGUAAAGUGUACAGAAAUUUGCAAAUUGUGUUUAAAUUAAUCUUGUGAUAAUUAUUAGUAUUCUUAGAGGCAGUUUUCAAUCAGGUCCCUGUACCGACUCAAACAUGCCCCCACAAAAAAAUUAAAAUACUUAGUGCAUAAAAAAACCCACUAAUGACCCACCCCGUAUUUCGAUAAAUCUAUAGAUAUUUUAUAAGAAUAUCAUUAGUGAAACUGCCCUAGACAAUAAAAAUUGGAAUUUAUGCA